AGUAGCUGCCGCAAUCGAUUAUCGAUAUCACCACUGUCAUACCGUACGCUUCUUCUUCUUACGCCCGCUCAGCAGAAAUUGUACACGUUUUUCAUUUCGAAAAGUGCAAAUUACCCAUUUUUUGGCCAGAGACCACGGAUUUGAACAUGGCCCUCACGUCGCGCUUCUACAACGAGCGGUAUCCGGAGAUCGAGGAUGUCGUUAUGGUGAACGUGCUGUCCAUCGCCGAGAUGGGCGCCUACGUUCAUCUGCUGGAGUACAACAACAUCGAGGGCAUGAUCCUGCUGUCGGAGCUGUCCCGCCGUCGCAUCCGCUCCAUCAACAAGUUGAUCCGCGUCGGCAAGACCGAGCCGGUGGUGGUUAUCCGUGUGGACAAGGAGAAGGGCUACAUCGAUCUGUCGAAGCGUCGCGUUUCGCCUGAAGAUGUCGAAAAGUGUACGGAGCGCUUCGCUAAGGCCAAGGCCAUCAACUCACUGCUCCGCCAUGUCGCCGACAUACUUGGCUACGAGGGCAACGAGAGGCUGGAGGAGCUCUACCAGAAGACCGCCUGGCACUUCGAGAAGAAGUAUAACAGCAAGACUGUCGCCUACGACAUCUUUAAGCAAUCGGUCACCGAUCCAUCCGUCUUCGAUGAGUGCAACCUGGACCCCGAGACCAAGGAGGUCCUGCUGAGCAACAUUAAGCGCAAGCUAGUCUCGCCCACUGUCAAGAUCCGUGCGGACAUCGAGUGUUCCUGCUACGGUUACGAGGGCAUCGACGCUGUCAAGGCAUCGCUCACCAAGGGCCUGGAGCUGAGCACCGAGGAGCUGCCCAUCCGCAUCAACCUGAUAGCACCGCCACUCUAUGUAAUGACCACAUCCACUACCAAGAAGACAGACGGUUUGAAGGCUCUAGAGGUGGCCAUAGAGCACAUUCGGGCCAAGAUCAUCGAGUACGAGGGAGAGUUCAAGGUAAUCAUGGCGCCCAAACUGGUUACGGCCAUCGACGAGGCGGAUCUGGCACGACGCCUGGAACGCGCUGAAGCCGAGAACGCCCAGGUGGCUGGCGACGAUGACGAGGAGGAUGGCGCCGACCAGGAGGGCAUGCAGUUUGAUCCAGAGAAGGAGUUCAACCACAAGGGAUCGGGGGCGGAUCGUGCGAACGAGGAGGAUGAGGAGGAGGAAGAGGAUUAGCGUAGCCACAACAACGUAGCUAUAGCAACUGUAACAAACGAUUAAACGAGUUUUGAAAAAAUCAGAAGUUGUAAUUUUAUAAUUUAUAUACAUAACAUAUAACGAAUGCUAUUAAAGAUUUAUACAAGUGAAAACAGCAAGAUGCCCAAGACAAAUCAAAAUGCGCUUGUUCAUCUUUCCUUUUCAAAUCCAAAACAA